CAUAUUCACUGACUGUCGUCUCGAAUGAUAUGUAGGGUCUGCAACAAGAAACCUGAACCUAGUUCGUGACUGUGCAAGAAAGGAGAGUUGAACGCUGCAGUGCAGUGUUGGAUUGUGUGUGAUGCAGACCCAGAGAUCUGAAAACUCCGAACAUUUUUAGGAACCAUUGCGCAUACUUACUGAACCACCUGUGAGUGUGAUUUCUCGAAACGAAAAGACGUCUUCACUACAUGGGGAUCUGCUGGUAGGACAUUUGUCGUGUUCAACUCAAAGGCACAUUUUUACAACUUGGUGCAGCCAACAUUGUAAACGGGACGAUCUGAGUCUACCGCAAGCCUUCUUGACCAGCGGUCGUCCAAAAACGAUCGUCCCGACCUGCGAUCUGCUCACGUCGUUAUACACCCUGAAUUGACAGCAUGGCAAUGGAUGGCGCUGGAGGCGCGGGUAUGUUUCGCUGGCUUCCCGAUUCUGGACCCGACCGACCCAUUCCGCACACGGGUCUUGUGGACGGGAUAUUCCGUAACACCCAGUCCAUUGAGCGCAAUCCACCAUUUACCUUACAAUACCUCCUGGCCCAGGAGCAGAAGUUGGCAGAACGAAGCGCUGGCGGCAUAUAUCGGCUUGGUAGAUGUACUCAGAUGGUAGUUGUCAGUGAUCAUGGACUGCUGAAGGAGCUACUGACCCUGCCGUACCCAUCCUCUACUGUUGUCAAGACCACCGACUUCAACAUGUCCUCUCAACAGUGGAAUGCCCGAGUUCUGGCCGAGAGCAGUCAACUACCGCCAUGCCAAUUCCUCAACGGACUACACCAUCGGGUCAUGAAGGAAGAGCUCCAGAGUGCACUGAAGCUGUCCACUGAAGCUGAACAGGACAAGAACCUGGAAGCAGCCAUGACAGCAAUACGCGAGGUCUUCCAAAGCGAUCUGGCAGGUAAGCCGCUAAAGGACGUCAUAUUCACCGUCUCUCUUGGCAUCUUGAAGAAGCUCUAUGUAGAGGAUGGUGCGAGUAACCUUGAUGAUGUCACAGCGGAACUGUGCGAUAAGUUUAGCUUUAGCGCCACACUGCUGAGAAAGAGGUACAACCGCUGUCCACUGCGUUCAUGUGAGGUGGACACCAUUCGCAAACUGGUGGACAGCACAGAGCUGCGCGGACAUAUCGGUGGGAAGCUGGGGGACAGCAAGGAUGCGGACAGUAUGGUUCAAGCUGCUCAUGCACUGGUAGUUCACGUGCUGCAGCCAAUGCGUGCCCUGCUCGUAAACCUUGUUGCUAGGUGGGCAGCCAUCUCCGACAGUGAGCGAGCCGACAUGACAAAGGAGGUAUCCUACACGUUCAGCCAGGAUGCAUUCUGUCCGGUUUCGCUGGAUGGCCUCACGUCUGUCGAAGCAUUUGUAUGCGAGGUGCUACGUAUGCAUCCACCCAGGGAACUUUUCUACUGGAGAACCAAAUGUGCGCUAGGUCUUUCCCUGGCUCCCAAUGACCGCUACAAGAUAAGUGCAGACACGGAGCUUGUUGGCAACAUCUACACAGCCCAGCGAAAAGAGAGUGUCUUUGCUGUCGGGGACAUGAAAGCUGAAGAUUUCAACCACCAGCGAUUUCUGCAGCGCCCUGAUCUGAAAGAGCAGCUGCUGUGGAGUCAUGGACUAUCUAGCCAUUCACCACAGCUGGAUACACACCAGUGCCCGGCCAAGGACUUGGUACUCAGCAUUUCCAAGCUAUUCGUAUCUCUGAUGACCGGGUACGAGGUUACUCUGAGUGAACUGCCAAACUGGACCAGCGAGAGCUGGCAACCGGGCUGUCUACCGAUGCAGGAAGGACUGUCAAUCACUACUUGGUCUGCACGAGAGCCUAUAGAUGCCGAAGCAACAGCAUCGCUGAAGUCGUCCAUUGCUCUGCAAGCGUGUCAAUCGUCUGCCGCCAGAACGGAACUCAGUGCAGUGUCCGUGAAGGAUGCCACUACAGCACUGUUCCGCUCCCUGAACAAGCUGAGGACUGCUGCCGACCUACCGAGUGACGUACAAGGUACAGCCGUGCACGGUGUGCAUGAACACGCCCUUGCUACGGCAUUGGAGCAACGCCAGGACACUAUGCAGCGCACACUGCAGAUCGUGGAGCGGCUGCAGGGCAAACUGGCCGAGGCGCAGGAUGGCAUCACGGAAUUGAAAGAGCAGACUGUACCGCAACUCAGCCGCGACACUGUGGAGCUCUCUGGAGAUGUGUGCCAUGCAGAAGAGACCAUCACAGCUGCUGCAGAGCCAACUGGUGAUGACUCCGAACCACUCGAGGCAGUAAAGGAGAUCGCGGCAUCACAAGCGGAGGUUGAGCCUGAGAUACACACGGAUGAUUCAACUAUCGCAACUGCGGCCAAGGAGAUAAGCGACGAAUCCACUGCAACCGAGUAGAGCACAGUUUUGUCGGUCGGUGAACAGCUGAGGAGGUCAGCCUUCUAGCCUAGACCGUUCUUACAUUUCAUGUUCUAGUAACUAUUUGUCUCGUUUGGCCCUGAGAUAUUUUGCUCCAUAGUGAUCUGACGCUCAUCAUUCGCUCAAUUGUCGCUGGACAGUUCUGUCCGUUUGGGUUUGCGGAUUCAAAGAAACCAACCACAGCAACAUGAUUGUGUUACAUUCCAUGCACAGUUGAGUCGUCAUGUGUACAUUGA